CAUAAUCAGACGGAUGGUAUGCUUGCCGAAGGGUUAACACACAAGGAGGCUGCCAUGUGGACACAUUCUCACAGAAACACCACGGCAGCAGUUCCCCAUGGUGGGUUCACACAACCAGGGUCAGUUUGUGUGAGCUGAGUUUCCAUAUCUACCAUGGAGCUGAUAACUUGGGUGUUGUUGGGCCUGACUCUGAUAUUCUCAGGCUUGUUCCUGAUCAACCAACUCGUCUUGGGUCAGCGUCUACCUCCCGGCCCGCGGGGCCUACCCCUCAUCGGCUGCCCAUGGGCGCUGUUCAGUGAGUUCCACUUCUUCUUCACCAAGAUGGCCAAGACCUGGGGAGACGUGGUUACCAUCAACAUAAUGGGGAAAACUGUCGUGGUUCUCAACUCCGCCGAGGUCGCUCGAGAAGCUUUCAGCUCCCCAUCGUUGGCAGAUGGUUUCGCUGGACGCCCACCAGCACCCACCAUAAACGAGCACAUUGCAUUGAUGACGGGCUUCCUCCAACCAGGUUCGGUUUUGUUCAAGCGUCGGAAAAUCCUGCACAAAAUUCUGAAACACUACGGAGAGGGCCUUCUCGAGACGGAGAGAUUAGUCCAAGACGAGUUGACUCAUGUGAUACAGUGGUUAGAAAAUGCUGGAGAGUCCGUAAACUUAAACGAUAUUCUUUAUCCAUCUCUUAUCAACAUACUGACCAUACUGCUGAAAGGCAAACGUUACAACUACGACUCGCCUAUUCUGGCCAAUGUGCGAGUCCUGGACGAGACGACCACCCAGGCCGGCUCCCCGGCCAUCACCCUCCUCUUUUACUUUUUUCCCCUCUUCAAGAGACUAAACUUCGGCCCGGGAAGACUUGCGCAACAAAACCAACGCGCAGCACAUCAGUUUAAUUGCGACUAUUUUGAGGAAAGUAAGGCUACCUACAGCCCUGGCAUCACCAGAGGUAUGAUUGAUUCGCUUCUCCAUCAUCAAGAGGAGUCAAGGUCAGAGACCGGAAGUAGCUGGCUGACCGAUGCCCACAUUAAAGGAGUAAUACACGAAAUGAUUGCUGCUGGUGUUUUGACUACAGGCAGCGCUCUUUAUUCCUUUUUUCUCAUUAGUGUCCAUAAUCCGGAAGUAGAGUUAUCAAUACUGAAAGAGAUCGAUGCUGUGAUUGGUAGAAAACGCUUUCCCAGACUGGAGGACCGCCCAAACAUGCCCUACACCAAUUCCGCCAUACUGGAACUGUUGAGGUACAUCUCGCACCUGCCGGUUGGACUUGCGCACCAGACAACUGAUAACAUUAGCUUGCUCGAUUACGUCAUACCCAAAGACACGAUGGUUUUCUGCAAUACGUGGCAUUUUCACCAUGACGACAAGAUUUGGGAUGACCCGUGGGAGUUCAAACCUGAAAGAUUUCUGGACGAGGACGGCAAACUGGCCUCAGCUGACCAUCCUCUCAGGAGAAACCUCAUGCCUUUCGGGAUAGGAAAGAGAUCUUGUGUGGGAGAAACCUUUGCCAAAUCUCGACUAUUUCUCUUUAUUACAACUUUACUCCAGCGGUUUCACUUCACGCGAGAUUCCUCGACAACGUAUCGAUCAUGUGACCCGAGGAGUUACAGACCGGGCAUUGUGGUGUUUCCACACAAGUACUGGGUAAAAGUUACACCCAGGGCUGAAGAGGCCACAUAAGACUCAACUCCAGACGCACGCAGCUGCAGUCCAUAAAAGCGAUGCCCCAUUUACCAACUGUUUUGGGUUAUAGGCGGAUUGGCUCCACUGGCUCCCAAACAUGCACGAGCCAGUUGAGAACAGUCGUCAUGAUUUUGCCUUACGAGCACUGAGCGGAACCUUCUAACAUCUUCAAGAACGCCGGCAACAGCGUAGGAGAGGGAAUCCGUUUUACACUUUAUGAAAAUGCAGCAUAUCUUGUAUUAGUACUGUAGGGUUAACACCUGUAUUGGCACAGUGAUCAAACCAGUAGUUUUUUCCCUUCAUCGAAAAGUGGUUUAGACGACGGGCGAUGUAAUCUAAAGCUGGCCCAUGUACAUGUGUCAGGUCAUUGUACAUCAUCGUUCGACAUCACUGAAAGCUGUUGACUGCAUCUCUUGCCUGAUUCUGUUCUGUACUCGUUCUUCAUAUACUUUCCUAGUUCUUUGCUCGUUGUGUAAAACGUCGGUUUUGGAAAUUGGCCAUGCGAUUAUUGACCUGGAACGGCCUUAUUGGUUGACGCCUAGUAUAUGAAUGUCUGUUUCGACGUAAAACACAAGCUCUACACAUGGUGUUUGUUGGGAUUCCUCCAAAAAAAAUGAAGUUAGAAAAAAUAUUCUGAAUUUUCAUUUCAAUGAUAUAGACUUACAAUGUAUUAAUGUGUAGAGCGUUUGGUUUUACGUGUCUUCGUGUCAUUUUUUUUUUGUAGCGAGUAUAACUAAUUUUACAGACAGGUGUAUAUAGGCGGUUGGCUAAUAAAGAGACUACAGAUUUUGACUAAGCCGACAUGAUGCGUUACUCCUUAAGCUGUACACGUUUAUAGCAUAUUCCUGGAUAAAGGGGGACUUUGUUGGUUUAUUAGGCAUUCCCGAGGGGCUAAGAAUCCCCAGGCCUGGUCCCUGCUGGUGGACUAAGCAUCCCCGAGGCCUGGUGCCUGCUUGUGUAGACUAAGCAGCCCCUAUGUCUGCUCCCUGCUGGUGGUGGACAAAGCAUCCCCGAUGCCUGGUCCCUGUGCAUUGUUUUAAUCUUGUUGUAUGUUAAAUGUGGUGACAAAGCAUGUUAGUAAUUUAGGACCAGUGACGUCUAGCAAAUUGCAAUUAACAGCAGUGCUUUUUUUAUAUCUAAUUCUGCUAAAGCCAUGGUUCUAUUUUGCUACCUAUCAAGAUUGAUCAGUUAAAAU